AUGGCCGCGAUUGUGGAAAAUUCGUCCAAUUCCCUGGAGGCUAACGGUUCCCAAGGAGCCGCGGACGAUGUUCCCAACGACGGCACAGGAGUUGUCAAGCUGGACCCAUGGCUUGGCCCAUUCAGCGACGCCCUCAAGAGGCGGUACGCAAAAGCCAAACAGUGGAUGAAGGCCAUCGCCGACAGUGAGGGGGGCGUGGAGAAGUUCUCGAGAGGAACGGAGAAGUUUGGCUUCAACGUUGACGACAAAUGCAACAUCGUCUAUCGAGAGUGGGCACCGAAUGCUACGGAGGCGUUCCUCAUUGGAGAUUUCAAUGACUGGAACCGAACAGCCCACCCUAUGCAAAAGAAUUCACUCGGCGUUUUUGAGAUAACUCUUCCGGCCAAGGAUGGCCAGCCAGCAAUAUCACACAAGUCCAAGGUCAAGCUCUCCCUCGUUCUACCCGGGGGCGAGCGGGUGGAGCGUGUCCCGGCAUGGAUCAAGUACGUUACUCAGGAUCUCAACGUCUCUCCGGUAUACGAUGCUCGAUUGUGGAACCCGCCCCAGGGUGAAAAAUAUCAUUUCAAGAACACCCGCCCCAAAAAGCCGGCCAGUCUCCGGGUUUACGAGGCACAUGUCGGUAUAUCGACCCCCGAGCAGCGGGUGGCGACGUACAAGGAGUUCACCCAGAACAUGCUGCCGCGAAUCAAAGGCCUAGGCUAUAACGUCAUCCAGCUCAUGGCAGUCAUGGAACACGCAUACUACGCUAGCUUCGGCUAUCAAGUCAACAGCUUCUUUGCAGCAAGCAGUCGCUACGGUCCGCCGGAGGACUUAAAGGAGCUCAUCGAUACCGCUCACGGCAUGGGUCUUGUUGUUCUUCUGGACGUCGUCCACAGCCAUGCCUCCAAGAAUGUCUUGGACGGGCUCAACGAAUUCGAUGGUACGGAUCAUCAAUAUUUCCAUGGCGGAGGCAAGGGCCGUCACGAGCAGUGGGACAGUCGAUUGUUCAACUAUGGCAACCACGAAGUGUUGCGGUAUCUCUUGAGCAACUUGAGGUUCUGGAUGGACGAGUACCAGUUUGACGGUUUCCGCUUCGAUGGCGUAACAAGUAUGCUUUACGUCCAUCACGGCAUGGGAACGGGAUUCUCUGGUGGCUACCAUGAGUAUUUUGGUGGCGAAGUCGAUGAGGAAGCAGUCGUUUACCUCAUGCUUGCCAACGAGAUGCUGCACUCACUCUACCCAGAAUGCAUCACCGUUGCCGAGGACGUGUCUGGAAUGCCUGCACUCUGCCUACCGCUGUCUUUGGGUGGCAUUGGGUUCGACUAUCGUCUGUCGAUGGCGAUCCCGGACAUGUGGAUCAAGAUUCUGAAGGAACUCAAAGACGAGGAGUGGGACAUGGCGAAUAUUUGCUUCACCUUGACGAACCGGCGCCACGGCGAAAAGACCAUCGCGUAUUGCGAAAGUCAUGACCAAGCACUCGUCGGGGACAAGACUCUGAUGAUGCAUCUCUGCGAUGCAGAAAUGUACACAAACAUGUCGGUACUGUCACCGUUGACGGCCGUCAUUGACCGCGGCAUGUCUCUCCACAAGAUGAUUCGACUCCUCACGCACAGCUUGGGAGGGGAAGGGUAUCUGAACUUUGAAGGCAACGAAUUUGGCCACCCCGAGUGGCUCGACUUUCCACGAGAGGGCAACAACAACUCCUUCUGGUAUGCCCGACGCCAGCUUAACUUGACAGAUGACAACCUGCUCCGCUACCAAUUCUUGGACAACUUUGACCGCCAGAUGAAUAAGUGCGAGGCAAAGUACGGAUGGCUUCACUCAUCGCAGGCUUACAUAUCUCUGAAGCACGAAGGUGACAAGGUGAUUGUAUUUGAGAGGGCUGGCCUGGUGUUUGUCUUCAACUUCCAUCCGAGGGAAAGCUUUAGCGACUAUCGUAUCGGCGUUGAAGUCCCAGGAACCUAUCGCGUGGUUUUGAACAGCGACAUGAAGGAAGUCGGGGGAUACAACAGAAUCGAUCAAAACACGCGAUUCUUCACGACCCCGAUGGAAUGGAACGGGCGCAAGAACUGGACUCACGUCUACAUACCCUGCCGUACGGCGAUGAUCCUGGCCUUGGAGGAGACGCUGUCCUAG